AUGGGAUCACGAUCCACGGGUACCAACAAUAAUGACAACACUGGACCAAGUGGUAAUAUGACGGUUCGCGUGAUCGCCGAUUUCAAUAGUGUUGCAUCGAAAGCUGAAGAUGCGAGUUCAAUUUAUCGUACUCUGCGUCCAUUCUGGGCAUCUACGUCCACCUCACAUCUAGUGGAUCCAGCUGAAAAAGUACUAUCAAUGGUACCGAGCUCAAGAUCAGCCGUGCUGAAUUAUUUGGGAAUGUUAACUCACGAAGCAACGCAUCUGUACUUCAUGAAAAAGGAGAAUCCUCAUUUCGGAAGCGAUUCGGGUAGUGUCGAAAGAGCCGUACGCAGGCUGUCGACGAACUUCGAAGGGCUUCUGUCGUCCACUGAACAAAAAGUUUUAGCAUCGCACGUUCUGAAGUAUCUGUGUUCACUUCUUGCGGAAAUUUGUCAGUGUAAUUAUGAAAGACCGUUGGCGCAGCAAACUGGUGUAGCACCACGAAAUCUACUCCAUCUCUUUGAAUCGUCACCAUCUGUUGCGGGUAUUUUGAAGUUAUUCGACAAAGCUGUUGCGAUUCUUUUGGAUGGUGCACCAGAAGAGUGUUUCCAUACACUGGUGGACGCUUCAAUGCAUGGAUUCUGCUUCGAUUGGGUUUGGCUUCAUUUAGCAUGGUCAUUUCCUGUGCCUAUUAUGACGUUCCUGUUGAAUUUGGGUGCUGAACAGUUUAAGCAGUAUAUUGCAACGAUUGCAACACUUGAACAACAAAGUAAUCCGGCAGCAUUGUUUGAAACGCAUCAGAUCUACAAACGGAAAUUUACGACGUCGUGUGAAACGUUCGCGUAUUUGGCAUCGAAACGUCGUCCUGAGUUGAGAUGCGUUGUUCGCGAUAUGCUCAUCAAAGGAAUCGAAUUGCUGGACAGUUCAUCCGAUAUGGCGAUAACAAGCGAAACAGAUCUCUCGAUUCCAUUUAUCUUCAAACUGCUCGCAGCAUCGAGUGAAUUUCUGGGAUUUCUUCUUCCACGUCUCAGUUCAAACUUAGAAUUACACCAACCAUGGGCAAUGGCGAUAAAGAGCGGAGCGAUUGAGAUUAUUGAUGAAAUCCUUUCGAUUAUCACCUCAUCGGUUCAUAGUCAAGCGUUGUUCGUGAUGAGCGAAAGGGAUUCAAUAGGACAGUGUGUGUUGAAUUCAACCAAGUUAAGGGAAUAUAUAAGUGGAGCGAUGUGUAGUGGUGAGAGAGGGAAAUUCAGUAUAAAAUUCUUGAAUGCAUUUUGUGUCGUAACCGGUCCACUGAAAACAGCCGAAGUAAUAGCGAGAUUCAUCAUGGAAGCCAGAGACUCUCAACAAUUAACUGCGCUGUGUGCACUGUUGAUUGCAACAGAGCAUAUAAUGCCGAAUUCACCGAGACAAGGUAUAACGAGUCUGAUUCGCCUUCGAAACAUUCUCGAAUUCGAAAACAGGAAUAUCGCAACUCGACGGCAAAUUGCUGAAGGUGUUUCAGGAUCAGCGAUGGAAACAAACGAUGCGGACAAUAGCGCGAAUGUAGGAUGGCUGCACAAUUUGUUGACACUAAACGAAUGGCAGAAAACAGCUCACGAGAGCCAUCCCAUUGCAUUCCUUCGAUUCGAAAUGACAAAGCAUUAUGGACAAUUAAUGGUUUAUGUNAAUGAUAAAACAAUUGAGAAUGAAAGGGAGCGAGAUAGCAUGAUUGCCACUCUGAUGAAGACGUUCAUUCAAUUCACUCAUUCCAUCGAACCUCCACCAAUUCUCAAACCAAAAUACGCGUACAAAAUCUGUGCUCAGUUUGCCUCAUUGCUCAUUCUACUUCUGCGAAAUGUUGCGAAAGACGAUCGACCACUGGCACCUGCGUUGUAUUUCUCGAGUUGUGCUUUGGUAUCACAGUUCCUUGAUUCACAACCAUUUUAUGUACGAAAACAGUUUAUGACACAUUUUAUGGAUGAAGCACUUGCGAGAGUUGUUGAAUUGUUCGGUGCAGCGUCGAAGUAUUCGUACGAGAAAGAGAAGGAGAAGAAUGUGAUGAACUCGUUGGACCCGAACAUAGCUGGAUGUCUUGGGGAGGCAUUUAAAGAGUAUAUGAACGACGAAAUUGCGUCCGAAUCUCUUCUGCAACGUUUACGACGAAUGCCGAUUGGUGGAAGGAAUCCGCUGGAGAUCGCAAAUUGUGGCAUCAUUGGCAAAGGUGCACGAAAACAGAAGGAAUUGAAGCUGAAGAGAGGAGAAUUGUUUCGUCGACCGUUAUUCGUUCAUUCGUUGUAUAAUUUUGGUGGUACAAAAAAUGGCGACGACCAAUUUGUGCCAAUUUUAUCGGCUUACAAACAUUUGGCAACAACACUGACAGAUCGUAUGUGCAAAGAAGGGCUCACGGCCAGUUUCGUUUGGUAUGAUUGGGAAAUUGAGAAAGAAAUUGCACACAAAUAUAUCGAAGUGGCAAAUACCUUAUCGAAUGUGCCGUUUGCAUGGCCAUUGCUGCGUUUGAUUGCCGAAAUACAUCCAUCUUUAUGGUAUUGCAUUCCGGUGUUGAAAGCUUUACUGGCAUCGAUAAUGAUUAGAUUCGAGAACCAUCCAAGUCAGAAGUCGAAGCCACAAGAGUUCGAUAUCGACUCGCUGAAGCGGUUGUUCUUCGUCUUUAUUAAGGGAAAAGUGGUACCAGCGGAAUUUGCCGUAUUUCUGCAAGUCAUACCGAAUAUUAGCCACAGAGAAGCAUUCCUGAUACUGCUGGAUCUUUGGCGUUAUUUACAGAGCAUUGUAAAUGUGUUUAAAAUAUCCGCAAUAAGUGAAGCGCUGGAGAGUACGCAAACUACAGUGAACAUACCUCCAAUAAAGGGGGAAGUGCUGCCGUUCAUGACAGCAUUCCGACUGGUAAUUCAACGUAAUAUUACGCAAUUGGCUUAUCUGUUUCCUUAUUUGAGGAAACUUGGUUUAUCGAAGAAUGUUGAAUAA